AUGCAAUUUUCUAUUCCAGGCAGUGCCGUCUCUUUUGGUGAAGCACCCAGUGCUGUUGAAAUGCCCAAAGCUGAAGUUGAGCCUCGGGAUGAUUUUAUUCUGCUGACAUUGCCCUCUCUACUUCCACUUCCAUCCACCAAGGGUGCUCCACAUUCGCGCAUUCUUGUCCUAUUUGCGUCGCAUAACCUUGAAUCACGCGGCUCCAUGCACGACGUCGAUCUCGCGAAGAUUCUGCUGAGCCUGCGCCAGUGUCGCAUGGGCAUCAUUCAGACCGCCCAGCAACUGCGUUAUUCUUACUGCGCCAUAGUGGAGGGCGGCACCAUGCUCUUAUCCACCCCGCCCAACGAUGAUGAGGACGCUGAUACUGAUUCUGAUGACAAUGGCGGCGAGGAGGAAGAGGAGGACGAAUGCACAGACGAUGAGGAAAGCCACUUCCAGAAGGACUUCCUGCGAUCCCUGAAAAACAAGAUGUUCACCCCCAACACGCCCCCACAUCUUUUCGAAAACUCCGAUGUGUCUGCUGGCGAGGCCUCGGACGGUGAGGCAGCGGAUGGUGAAGAGGAGGAUGAUUCAGAAAUUGUAGGUUUCCUUACGUCUGCUCAAUCAGCAGUCUCGGCGCCGACGCCGGAGACAGAAAACAUCGACCGUUCCCCGGUAUGCGAUGACGUUCAGCAGCAGCAGCAGAGCGGUCAAUUGCUAGCAGCCAAGGCGCCUCCAAACCUCCCCGAGGACAUCGCGUUGAACAGGGUGUUGCUCUAUGACCAACUGCCUCGUAUCCAGGCCCUGGACUUACAUUAG